AUCAUUUUGCAACCAACAUACAGGUAAGCAAACCGAUAUCAACAUGUCUGGACGUGGAAAGGGAAAGAAGGCAAAGGGGAAGAGCCGAUCCUCCCGUGCAGGGCUUCAGUUCCCUGUCGGCCGUGUGCACCGUUUCCUGCGCAAGGGCAACUAUGCCAACCGCGUCGGUGCCGGCGCCCCAGUCUACCUGGCCGCCGUGCUGGAGUACCUGACCGCUGAGAUCCUCGAGUUGGCCGGCAACGCUGCCCGUGACAACAAGAAGACCAGGAUCAUCCCCCGUCACCUUCAGCUGGCCGUCCGCAACGACGAGGAGCUGAACAGGCUGCUGGGUGGUGUGACCAUCGCCCAGGGAGGUGUGCUGCCCAACAUCCACGCCGUGCUCCUGCCCAAGAAGAAGUCUUCUUAAACAACCAGAAGAACAAAUAACAACACC